AUGAAGAGAUCCCUAUUACAAUCCAAGAAUGCCUUCAAUUUACAAAGGAAGUCUGCCGUAAAACUAAUAAACGCUGCAACUUCAAAUAAGUUCAGUAAAUCCCCUGGCUUGGAUUAUUCAAAUAACCUCGCUGGUAAUUUUAAACCAAUCCGAUUCCACGAUGGCGUUACUGAUUCUUGGUGGCUACGUUUCACUCCAAAUCACUCAACUGCCCCUGGGGACUUUGUAUAUAUCCCAAAAUACUCCCAAGUCGGUGUUGCUCUAGGCGUUGAUAUCAUCGAUGGUAGGCGCGUUUGGCACUGUCUACACUCCUCAGGCGUUUUAUUACCUUACCCUGAUUCUGCCAUCGUUCAUUCAACUCCGUUGUUCGAUUCCUCUGAGUUAGAUUUCAAUCAAAUUAGUGACAUCAUAUCUCACUCAAAGCUGAAUCCUCCUGCCGAACAUCACGUUUACAACCCUGAAACUGAUCCAUUUGCUCCUUACAAAGCUAGGCUUUCUUCUCGCCUCAAGCGUCUUCGUUUUGACUUGGAAUCCGUUCAGCGACAGCUAACCACUCAGGUUAAUGACGUCUACAAUUCUAUAAAGCACAAGAAUGAUAUGAAGUGGCGUGAAUAUGACAUUCUCACUCUUGCUACACGUCAUUUCAAUCUGAAGCAGCCCACACAAUUGCACAUUCUUGCACUGCAUAUCAUGCUCUACUCCAAUACAACCGAGUACAACAUGCUUGAAACACCUUCAUCCAUACAGGCUAUGAAGUUUGGUGUGCGACCCGCUACUGAAGUUAGCAUCCUCAGACUGGUGCACGACUGGGUCAAUACCCGAGAAGGGAGAAGCAUCCUUGGGAGCUUUGUCGAAAAGACCCACAAACUGCUAGAGGCUUCAUCACAAACCGACAAGUCUAUCAAAUCACCACUGCCACUACCUCCACCACUCACCUACACUCCUAACGAAGGCAUUCUCAUUCGCUUCAUCACUGACGCCUGCCAGACGCUCAACACACCAUCCUUCAAUCCCUACGAAUCUCUCUGCUGCAUACUCCUCAAGAACUUUCCUCAAUACCACCACGUCAGCCAGGAAAACUGGCGAUCGUUGGCCUUUGACCUGCUCCAGAAUGUUGGAGUAUUUGCACCCUGGGAGAGCAUACAUAUGGCAGGCAGCGCAACACUAGUUCCACGCGACAACCACGUCGAUAGACAGUUCGACCGGUUGAGCGAGACAGCGAUACGGGAGUACCGCAGUGGUCCCACCAUUGGCAGUAGCGGGCAUACGCUGCAACAGCAUGACAUACUAGACGCACACCGACGAGAUUUCGGACAGUUGCCAGUCUUCGUGAUAGACGAUGCCAAUGCAAAUGAGCUCGAUGACGGUGUAUCGCUUGAAGAGGUCGAUGGCGAAGGGAAGCAGUGGGUGCAUGUGCACAUAGCCGACCCAGCUAGUGGGAUCCCACACACACACCCCCUCUCUCUACUAGCUAAAGAACGCAUCAGUUCGCUCUAUCUCCCCCACCGCACCGUCCCAAUGCUGCCACGCGAGUUGUGUCGCGAGGGUUUUUCGCUCGGCAGUCGCACACCGCAGCCGGUGCUUACGUUUUCUGCGCAAGUAGACGCACAUGGCGCAUUAGUCGACUAUGACGUGAGCGCAUCUAUCAUUAAUAACAUCCACACGCUCACGUACGACGAUGUCGACGAUGCGCUGGGGGUGAGUGGGGAAGCCACACGCAUGCAUGGCCGACUGCUAGAUAGAGUGAGUAAGAUGCGUGGUAAAGCUAACCAAGACUCACCCGCACUGUCUCACCCGGCCAUCCCGUCGCAUCACUUGGACACACUGCGCAAGCUCGUCCACGUCUCCACGCAGCAUUCGGCACAACGCGUCGCGAAUGGCAUGCUAUUCUGGCAGACUUAUGUGCCUAGCACAUCUGUAUCGCCGCUGCCGCUCCCGAGUCCGCCACUGCAGAUGCAGACGCUAUGGGAGGGGCGUCCGCAGGUAGCACUACAUGCACAGCCUACCCCCGACUCUCUCUCGCGCCGACUCGUCAGCCAAUGCAUGGCACUAGGGUGUCAAGUAGCUUCGCGGUGGCUAGGGGAGCGUGACGUUCCCGGUGUGAACCGCGGCGCACCCGUCCCCGAAUCAGCCCUACCUGGUGCGAUGGAAGAGCUACUAUCACAACGCGACCAAGUAACGGGUGAGGUGUCCACCGCUGCCGUGUCUACCGCCGAGGCUAGUUUCACAGGCGGAACACUCUCUUCACGUCCCAUUCCCCACUCCCUUAAUGGAUGCAUGGAUGGUUACGCUCGUGUUACAUCCCCCCUGAGACGAUAUAGCGAUUUGGUAAUGCACUACCAGAUUCGCAGCGCUCUGCUAGCUCAUCACUCCCCGACCGAGCGCGUGCCAUGGAUGUAUAAAACGCACGAUGAAAUGGAGGUAUUCCUCAAUAAAUGUCGCCAGUUUGAGGGACCGCACAGCCGCAUAAGUAAUCGCGUAAACGAUUAUUGGGUGGUAAGGGAACUCAGACGCAGACAUGCAUGCUCGGAAGGCGGAUGGGAGGCGCACGCACCCCUCACUUGCACUAUCACUGGUGCGUGGAAGAAUGACGGCGCAGGAACACGUAGUUGGGCGCCGUGCGAGGUCGGCGAUCUCGGAAAUAUGGGCGCGAGGCUCGUCAAGGAUCACAUCACUCCUCAUCACCUCUUCAAAGCUGACAUAGGUAGGGUUGUUAGAGGAUCACCGCUCGAUUUCCAACUCUAUGAAAGCGCGAGAUUGAUCGUCAAGUUGGAGGAAAUGUAG